AUGGCCAAAAAGGAAGUCGCCAUCAAGAAGGCCCAGGCCCAAACAGGUACCUCUGCCUCCGGCGUCUCCGGCGUCCAGUCCAAAAAGAUCUCCAAUUCGUUUGGCGAAUUGUUCGCUGCCAUCUCCACCACCUACAACGACUACUCCACCACCUUGACCCCCAGAUUGAAGUUGAUAGACUUGUUUUUGGUAUUCUUGGUGGCUUUGGGCGUGUUGCAGUUUGUGUACGUGAUUUUGGUGGGAAACUUCCCUUUCAAUGCGUUCUUGGGAGGCUUCAUCAGCUGUGUGGGCCAGUUCGUGUUAUUGGUCAGUUUGAGAUUACAGAUCAAGACUCCAGAAAGAUCGUUUGGAGAUUUCAUUUUUGCCAGUUUGAUCUUGCACUUUGUUGUUUACCAUUUCAUAAACUGA